AUGGCGCUUUGGCGCUUGUUCCGCCUGAGCAACCGGUACAUCAGUCUGCACGCUCUGCUCCUGCUGCGGUUCUAUCUGGCGCAGUUCUACUAUCUGGGGCUCAUGAGGGUACGCUAUGAGGCUGCCCACAGCUCGGUGCACCUGACGCCCUAUAGUGUGACCAUAGCACGGAUGCUGGGGCUGUUCUUCGCCUACUUCUUGAGCCUGGCCCUGCUGCACCCAUACGUCCUCCUCCUGCACAUCCAGCUGUUCGUGUUCGCCUGCUGCCUGCUGGUGCAGCCUCGGAGGGUGUACGAGGAGCGAAUCCGGCUGAUCAACUGCUUCCUGCGGCUCGCUCCGGAGCUGUACCGCAGAUGUCGUUGCAAGCUGCGGCUGUCCUGGAUGCUGGUGCUGCAGUUGGUCUUCAGGCUGCUCACCUUCAAGAUGUACUUCGAGACCUUCAUGCUGUCCAAGGACGCCACCUGGAAGCUGUUUUUCAUGGCCGUGUUCGUGGUGCCCGUCUCGAUGGCCAUUUGGGUGAUGGACAUGACCUCCCAUCUGAUGAGCAUUGCACUCACGAUUCUGACAAAAUCCUUUGAGCUGAUGAACGACGAGCUGGCCUCUAUCGCCGAGAAGCUCCCCGUGGGGACACUCAAGGGCGAUCAGAGGGCGGUGCAGAGGCUCCAGCGCCGCCUACGAUCUCUUCAGCGUCUACACCGUACCUAUGCGAAGCUCACACAGGAGCUGCUCGACUGCAUCACUCCACAACUGGUGCUGAUCAUCGUCUACAACCUCAGCAUGAUCUACUCGCUCUCCUAUGUCCAGUGGCGGCGCAUCUUCCAGAUCGCCCUCUUGGCCAACAAUCUGCGCCAGCUCAUGCACUCCCUGGCCGCCCUGGUGGCUGCCGCCGCUGCCCCACAGGACACUUGCUGGUUGCAGGUGGCUCGCCUGCUGCAGUUCGACGAGAUCCUCGCCACCCACGGCUGGCUGGAGAGGAGACGCUAUCGCUGGCGGCUUCAGGACGGCGACAGUUGUAGCCAGAGCGUGAGACGUUGCCUGCUGCAGCCAGGCCUCCAGGUUCUGGGCCUGGUCACGCCCAACCGGCAGCUCUUCUUCCGCCUGGCCUUCGCCUACUGCAGCUUCCUACACCUGCACUACAUGUGGAAGAAGUCGGCGGUGGUGUCCGAGCAGGACAUAACGAUUGACGUCGAGAUUACCCAUCCAAAAGGGAGGGCUUUCAAGUAA